GCUGGCCACUGUUGGUUCAAAUCUAAUUGAGCACAGCCACAGCCAUGAUCGGAAACAUUUUCGCAUCAAUGUCUUGCCUGUUGGUAGCCUCUCUUCUGUUCGUUACCGUCUCCUCCGUGUCGACAACAGCCAAAACAGAAGAUCUCGUCUCCGUAAUUAUUGCGUCUCUCGAAGGCCGAUCUGAAGUUAGUAUCAUCACCGAAUACUUGGAAAUGUCUCGUGACGCAUUGACGAAAGAAUUGCCUCUGGAAAGUUCAGGCCACAAGUUGAGUUACACAUUCUUUGCACCGACCGAUUUUUCUCUCUUCAGACGAAUGGUGCAAGACACGGCGGAUCCGUUUACCGCUGACGGCGCCUUCCGUAACAAAAUCCUGCUUCGACAUUUCGCACGCCAACGUGUCUCGUCCGACGAUUUGUCCAAAUUGGACAAACUCGUCAUGGCUGAUUCCAAAGAAGCCACCCUCUCCCGCACUGCUGACACGAAAAUCAAUCGGAUCAACAAUGAGGAAAUUCUGCCGGGUGCCAUUCAAUUGGCGAAUAAUUUGGGCAUCGUCCAUGUUGUCGAUGGAGUGUUUAUGACCAAUGAUGAAAAGUGGGAUGCCAUCUACGCGUAUAACGCGAAAAAUCCCAAUACCGGUUUCGGCCUUUUUGGCGUGCCUCCACCUCCUGAAUCCUGAUCCCCCCCGUGAGCCAUAGUGUUCGGUACUAACUGAUUGAUGGCACUGCAAAUACUUCUUAAUAAUGUAAUACGGUCUAGGGGCCACGCUCGAAUACACUUGAAUUCUUGCAUCA